AUGCCCAACAAUGUCGUCCAUGAUGAUACCAACCACCGAAUCAUCAUAACUACCCAAUCUCCAUCACCCUCUCAUCGUCACAAUCAUAUGGACCAUUUCAAUAAAGAAGAAAAAGAAGAGGAAAUUCAAAUUCUCUCCACAAACAUUGAAAACAACAAGAAUCACCUUCUUCCAUCCACACAAUCAUCAACAUCCUACCAUCAAGCAGUGAAUGAAACCAUUUCCAAACACAAAAUAAAACAAUACGAAUCUGAAUUGACAAGUGGCAGCGGAGGAGGAAUGGACGGAACAAUCUAUUCGGGAUGUCUCUAUCAAUUAUUUGCUCCUUUUUACAUGUUAUUUGGAGGAGUUUUUUCAUCAUCGAAUAAUAAUGGAUCAUCAAAAGCAUCCUCCGAUAAACCUCCAACACGAGAGGAAACUUCUUCACUAUUAUUGGGAGAUGAAGAAGAUGAUGAAGAAAAUUCUUCUUUGAAUGCAUCAUCCAUGUAUUCGAAUCAAAACCAUCAUCAGUGUGGAGAGGAUGAUGAAGAUUUGGAGUCGUAUUUGAAUCGAUCGUUGGAAGGAGCGACCUCCGUUUUGCACAAAGAGGAACAACAAUUGUAUUCGAAAUUUAAAGAUUCCAGUUAUAGAAAUAUAUUUGAGAGUAAGAGUGGUGAAGGGAAUCAACAACAACCAUCCAUGUCAACCCUGUCAUCUCAAAAGACUUUAUCCAAAGAGAAUCGACAACAACAUCAGAAUGAUCUUGACGAUUUAUUGAAUUUUAAUGACAUUCCAAAGAAUGAAUUAUUGACCCUGAAUCCAUUCAAACAAAAUUCAGAUCAAUCAAUUCUUGUAAAUUCAGAUCGUUUCGAGAACAUUUCACUUGAGGAUGAAAAGAGUGGAACAAGUGAAAAAACAAAUACUAAGGAAACAACAACAACAUCAUCAUUACCUCAACAAACCUUAGUGCAUGCGUUGAGUGGUACUUCUAACGUUUCUUCCUUUACCUCAUCAGGAAGCAACAACAACAACAACCACUCUGCAUCUCACUCGAGUCCACGAGUUCCAACCACGACCGUCUCUAAUGCAAAGGCAGUUCAUACUAGGAACACCAAUUUUUCAACAACAACAACCACACAACCACCACAACCACAACAUUACACUCCUCCUGUCAUUGAUGAAGAGACCUUUUCGAAUUUGCUUCAACAACAUUACGAAGAUGAUGACGACGAUGAAGAUGAUUAA